AUGGACCCCGAUAAGGAAACCCAAGGCGAGGAAGAAGAGCAAGCAGGAUACCAUCAUCCGACAGAACACGUCUCCAGAUUAUCCGACAAGGCAACGUCGUCACCCAGAUCAAGUAUAGACAACCAAGAUUCCGCCGCUGAUACGGACGUUGAUGCUAACCUGCUUUCCUCUGACAUGGACGGUGCUGGAGAUGGAUAUCGGCGACGCAGGGCUCAAUUAAUGGACGGACUGGAGAAUGGGAGUGCGAGGAGGAAAAGUUCCAGCAAGAAGCAUGUUCAUCGCCAUCGAAAGGCUUCAGGAGCCCCUGACGAAGGAAACAAGCAAUCGGUGUACUCCUCAGAUGAGGGCCAUGGCUCGGAUUUCUCUUCUAGAACCACAAGCGAAGACUUUGAACUCGACCAUCUGACUGGGGAAGAUCCUUUCAGUGAUGACGCCGAGACGGGUAUGACGAAGAAAGAUAAAAAGCAUAGGAAGAGAACGCGAAGGAAGGCCGUAAGGAUGGACGAGAGAUUUGCUAGUAACGUCAAGACGUCGAAGCCGAAUAAGAUACUCACAAACAGCGAGUUAUAUAAGGCGUGGCUUAUCAACGCUCUGCUCGUAGCUUCGUGGUACGCCUUCUCGCUUUCAAUCUCUAUCUAUAACAAAUGGAUGUUUUCGGAAAAGUACCUGGAUUUCCAUUUUCCUCUCUUCACUACCUGUCUGCAUAUGCUCGUCCAAUUCUGCCUAGCCAGCCUCGUCCUGUGGUUCGUUCCACGACUCCGACCUCGAACCGAUAGCAUAUCGAAUCCUCAAAACCACUAUCAUGUCCGACGUCAGGAUCCGUCACAGACGGAGAAGCCUCUUAUGACCAAGAUAUUCUAUUUCACCCGGGUGGGUCCUUGCGGAGCCGCUACAGGCCUUGAUAUUGGGCUGGGCAACAUGAGCCUGAAGUUCAUUACUCUCACUUUCUACACAAUGUGCAAGUCCUCUUCUCUAGCCUUCGUUCUCGCCUUCGCCUUCCUCUUCCGCCUCGAAGACCCUUCCAUCAAACUGGUCUUUAUCAUCACUACAAUGACAAUAGGCGUCAUUAUGAUGGUGGCCGGUGAAACGGCUUUUAACGUUCUCGGCUUCAUCCUUGUUAUCUUAGCUGCUUUCUUCUCGGGCUUUCGCUGGGCGCUCACUCAAAUUCUGUUGCUCAAAAAUCCCGCGACGAGCAAUCCUUUCAGCAGUAUCUUCUUCCUCGCACCUGUCAUGUUCGUUAGCUUGGCCGUCAUAGCCAUUCCUGUCGAGGGCUUCGUGGACCUUGCCCAUGGCCUGAAGGCUCUUGUCGAUGCCAAGGGUGUCUUUUUGGGAGUCUGCAUUUUGAUCUUCCCGGGCUGCCUUGCGUUCAUGAUGACCGCGUCCGAAUUUGCGCUUCUUCAGCGAACCUCGGUCGUCACGCUCAGCAUCUGCGGUAUCUUCAAGGAAGUUGUCACCAUCGCCGCUGCAGGCAUCGUCUUCAAGGAUCCAUUGACUCCAAUCAAUAUAAGCGGACUGGUGGUUACCAUUCUUAGUAUAGGUGCCUAUAACUAUAUUAAGAUCGCGAAGAUGAGAAAAGAUGCUAAGAAGGACGUCGCAAGGGAGCCAAAAUCCAUCGACGAUGAGGAUGGAGACGGAAGUGCGACGGAGCCCAUGCUUGCGCCGCCUCAAGCAAUCAGGCGAGACAGACUGUCUGCAGAUGCACCUAGCGGCAGGGUCCGAGCUGAAUCGAACGCUGGAUCGAUCAAGAGCUUACGUGAGAAUGAGUGA